AAAACAAAACUCGAUGGGAACGCGUCUCAUCAAACAAUUUGUCUGAUAUUUGUUGAUAUUCUGUGUUGUUCUCCGAAAUCGCCUGUAAAUUGCACAGAAUAGUGUCCGGCUUGUGGGAAAUGUGAGUGGUUGCAAUGAAAAUGUGUUUCAUUUGUGGAAUAGCAAAGUAUCGCUUAUAAAAGGCAAAAAUAAAAACGGCGCCUGAAUAAUGGUUUUAAGUUGGCGGAUGGGUGGAUAGUUUUAUUAAGAACUGGUCAAUACCAAUUUUGUGAGCAGAAUAUUUCCGAAGAAUCAAAAAUAUACCAACAUUCAUUAUUGUGUAAAGUUGGAUUGAUAAAGCAUUUGUGAGUAAAUAAACAAACUAUUUGGAAUUGUGGCCUGGCACGAAUUAGCGCCAUCAAAGGAAGUUUCGGUAUAAAUCUGCUUCAAUGCGUUGGUGGGAAAACUAUGGAGAUAGCACAGAACAGUAUGGUUUGUGAAGUGCUUGACCGAUGCAAUUCAGUUGUUCAUUUCUGUUAGAAAAAUAAGAUAUUGCUUCGGAGUAUUAUCAUGGCUGGGUAUAAAUGUGUAAAUUUUGUUGAUUUGUGUCGGCUUUGUGCCAGUAGCGGAGGGGGCAAAACCGGCAUAUUUUCCGAAGAAGGAAAACGAAAAAAUAUCCAUUCGCGAAUAACCGACUGUUUACGGAUAAAGGUUCACGAAAAGGAUCGCUUACCAAAAAGUGUAUGCGCGAAAUGUCUCAAGCAGCUUGAAACUCACGUAGAGUUUCGGGACUCGGUGGUGAAAGCACAGGGUAUGCUCGAGAGUUGCCUCAAUUCAACCAAGCUACGUAACGGUGGCAUGGUAUAUAUAAAGGAUGACACGGUAAAAGAGUCGUCUGCAACGGCCACUAUCGUCCCUACUUCAUUGAAAAAGACAACAGAGACAUCAUCCGCCGUAACUACCACUCUCCCCACAAUUCAAACCCAGGCUAUGCCAACGCAAGCACCACAAGUAAAGUUAGUUCCAGCUAUUGCGAACACCGUUCAACAAUCAACGAGUUCCGUUUCGACCGCGCCAACCAUGGCACCUAUUAUUAUCAACAGUUUUCCAAAGGGAUUUGCCCAUGCGUCUGGAAACGUAGUCUCAGCAGGGAACGCCAUCCCAACGGCUACAAUCAUGGCAUCGAAUUCGGAUUUCCUGAGCAGCAUCAUUCAGGCGGUCGGAAUUCAAUCGAACGAUACGCAGCAGGAGCCGAGCCACAGCCAGAAUCAGCAGCCGGCGGCUCAACAGACGCAAAGCCAGAGCCAGCAACAGCAGCAAAUGGCGCAAUAUACCAUUACGCUGGAUGGACAAACGAUCAAAGCAAAUCAAAUUCAUUACAAAAUUCAGGACACCAAUCAAACGUUCGUUUCGGCUGGAGCGAGCAAUGAAGCAGAACAGCAGACACAAUAUCAACAGAUGGAUGAAUUUCUCAAAAUGAAAACUCCGACCAAAGCAAAUAAGAGAGAAUCUUCAGACCAAAUGCCUGAUGCUUCGUCACCUAAAAAGCCUAAGAUUAGCGUUUUAAUAAAGUCACCACAACCAACACAGUCGUCGUUGGUCCAAACGACUCCGACAAAAACUGCAAUACUGACAACUUCUUCACCAAUUAUUUCCGGUAGUCCAAUUUCAAUCACUCCCGUAUCAUCAACAACCAGCAUUGGAAGUUUAACAUCAGGCAAUGCCGUUCCAUUGAUGACCAGUACCCCGAUCAGUCAUUCCGUGACAACCACACCAGUGAAAUCUGCCACCAUUCCAAUGCUGGACGCAAAAAUGAUGCAAGCUAACAAAUGCAUGGUUCCAAUUAUGCUUAAAACGGAAAGCGGUGGGGAACAGAUUGCACUGGCGCCGAUAGCAAACGUUGGCGAUAUGAAUAAAAGCGUGGUCCCCAAUAUCCAGUAUGUACAGAUGAAACUGCAACCGGGACCCGAUGGAAUGUUUCGACUAGCUCCGGCUCAAAUGCCGCCAGCACUUACGCUUACACCACAAGGUCUUCAGCAGUUCGGCAUUCAACCGUUACAAACGGUUCAAACGCAACAGACCCAACAGCAACAGCUCCAAAUUCAACCUCAGCAAAAUCAAAUACAGACCCAGCUUGCAAUGCCCAGUGUGCAGGUUCCUCUUGCCAAUUAUCUCAGUCUAGUCGAAAAAUCUUCUCAAGUGCACGCGGCGAUCGAAGCACACAACUCGCAGCCGAGUAUAGUGAUCUCACAACCUGAACAUCAACAACCUCAACCACAACCACAACCCCAACAACAGCAACCACAACAGCAGCAACAACAAACCCAACAGCUGCAAAUUAUUCAGAGGCCACCGGUUCAAACCCAGCCGGCAAAACCACAAGUGUCGUCAACGCAGCAACAGCAAACUCAACUCAAAGUCCAAAAAGUGAAUCCUCCUGUACAAACACAACACAGCUCGUUGCCCACCGUAAUCCAUCGGAAAGAAUCAGAUUCGGAGGAUCAGUUAAACAGUUCCACUG